AUGCACCUGGUGAGACCCCCCCCCCCUCGCUCCUCCGCCAUGCACCUGGUGAGACCCCCCCCUCCUCGCUCCUCCGCCAUGCACCUGGUGAGACCCCCCCCCCCUCGCUCCUCCGCCAUGCACCUGGUGAGACCCACCCCCCCUCCUCGCUCCUCCGCCAUGCACCUGGUGAGACCCCCCCCCCCCCACCCUCCUCGCUCCUCCGCCAUGCACCUGGUGAGACCCCCCCACCCUCCUCGCUCCUCCGCCAUGCACCUGGUGAGACCCCCCCCUCUCUCCUCCGCCAUGCACCUGGUGAGACCCCUCCCUCUCUCCUCCGCCAUGCACCUGUGCACUACUUUGGUCCAGAACCCUAUGGACCAGAACCCUGUGGACCAGAGACCUACGGACCAGAACCAUAUGGACCAGAACCCUGUGGACCAGAACCCUGUGGACCAGGACCCUGUGGACCAGGACGCUAUGGACCAGGACGCUAUGGACCAGAACCCUGUGGACCAGGACCAGAACCCUGUGGACCAGAACCCUGUGGACCAGGACCAGAACCCUUUGGACCAGGACCAGAACCCGGUGGACCAGAACCCUGUGGACCAGAACCCUAUGGACCAGAACCCUAUGGACCAGGACGCUAUGGACCAGAACCCUGUGGACAAGGACCAGAACCCUGUGGACCAGAACCCUAUGGACCAGAACCCUGUGGACCAGGACCAGAACCCUGUGGACCAGAACCCUAUGGACCAGAGACCUAUGGACCAGAGACCUAUGGACCAGAACCCUGUUGACCAGAACCCUGUCGACCAGAACCCUGUUGACCAGAACCCUGUGGACCAGAACCCUGUUGACCAGAACCCUAUGGACCAGAGCCCUAUGGACCAGAACCCUAUGAACCAGAGCCCUGUGGACCAGAACCCUGUUGACCAGAACCCUGUUGACCAGAACCCUGUUGACCAGAACCCUAACCCUAUGGACCGGAACCCUAUGGACCGGAACCCUAUGGACCGGAACCCUAUGGACCAGAGCCCUAUGGACCAGAGCCCUAUGGACCAGAGCCCGAUGCGAAUAGGGCUGCCCAAUGGCGGGCCAGCACCUUUUUUAUGUCUGUAUGUGUCUCACUGGGUGUGGUUGGAGGAGGGCUGA